UAUCUGAUUCAUAAUCAAUAAAUUUGCAGACAGUUUAGUUUGCUUCUGUUAAAUUUUGAAAAUAUCAAAGUUAAUUAUUACAGUACCAAAAAUGUACGCCAAGUGUUUGGUGAUUUUAAGUUUCGCAGCAGCUUUAACAGUUGCUGCUGCAUUCAGUCAAUCAUCGGCUUAUGGACAAAGCUACGCUUCAGCAUAUGCUGGGCCCACAAACAACAAAUCUCAUCAUUUAAUUGCUGGUAAUAGACUUCCUGGUGAUUACUUGGUACUUCGACAGAAUAUUAUCAAAUCAUCAUCAUGGUUACAAAUUGUAACUGUUGAAAAGACUUUCAACGUAAGCGGAUUUGAACGAAUCACUCAAGUCCAAGCACUAGAUCAGAAAACGAAUGGGAAUGGAGCAUAUGCAUCUAUCGUUAAAGGAGGACCUGGAACCAGUAAUGUUACCAUUAAAUUUAAAAGUCAGAGAAGCCAUGGAAUCAAUUUUAUGGUAUUGAUUUACGCCAGACGUUAAUUAUUUUAAAAUUGAAUUUUUGUUUGCAUUAUAUUAUGUUACUUAAUAGUUGUUUUUUGUUUCAUUUAAAAUAAAUGGCAUGUUCAUGAAG